AUGCGGCCGCCGCCGCCAGCGCUGAGGCUGAGCGCGCUGCUGCUGUUCUUCCUCUGCCUGUGCGCGUUCCCCGCCCCGGCGCGGUCGCAGAACACGACCACGGCCACGCCCGCGCCGGCGUCCGUCGAGGGGUUCAACUGCUCCGCCAACCGCACGUACCCGUGCCAGGCGUACGCGCUCUACCGCGCCGGCUUCGGGGGCGUGCCGCUCGACCUCGCGGCCAUCGGCGACCUCUUCGCCGUCAGCCGCUUCAUGGUCGCGCACGCCAACAACCUCUCCACCGCCGCCGCGCCGGCCAACGGGCAGCCGCUGCUCGUGCCGCUCCAGUGCGGCUGCCCCUCGGGGUCCCCCAACUCCUACGCGCCGAUGCAGUACCAGAUCGCCUCGGGGGACACCUACUGGAUCAUCUCCACCACCAAGCUGCAGAACCUUACGCAGUACCAGGCCGUGGAGCGCGUGAACCCCACGCUGGUGCCCACCAACCUCGACGUCGGCACCAUGGUCACGUUCCCCAUCUUCUGCCAGUGCCCGGCCAAAGCCGACAACAACGCCACCGCGCUCGUCACCUACGUCAUGCAGCCCGGGGACACCUACGCGUCCAUUGCCGCCGCCUUCUCCGUCGACGCCCAGUCGCUCGUCUCCCUCAACGGGCCCGAGCCGAGGACGCAGCAGUUCGCCGAGAUACUGGUGCCGCUCCGCCGACAGGUGCCGAAUUGGCUGCCCCCAAUCGUGCUCCGGAACAACGCCUCCGCGACGCCAGCGUCCCCGCCGCCCUCGGCUUCUCCCAACGCGACCGUGGUGAGCAACGACCGGAACGGGGUGGUCACCGGCCUUGCCGUCGGGCUGGGCGUCGUCGGCGCGCUCUGGCUGCUGCAGAUGCUGCUGCUGGUCUGCUUGUGCAGACGGCUCAAGGCGAAGGGACGACGAGGUGACGCGGUGGCGAGCGGCGACCGCGUCGAGGGCGGCAGGUUCGCUAAGACCUCGUCCGCCUCCGGCGGCGGCGGGGAGAGGUUCCUGGUCAGCGACAUAUCUGAGUGGCUGGACAAGUACAGGGUGUUCAAGGUGGAGGAGCUGGAGCGCGGCACCGGGGGAUUCGACGACGCGCACCUCGUCAACGGCAGCGUGUACAAGGCCAACAUCGACGGCGUGGUGUUCGCCGUGAAGAAGAUGAAGUGGGACGCCUGCGAGGAGCUCAAGAUCCUGCAAAAGGCCUAUUGA